GUUUAGUGUCUCCCCCAGAAUCUCUGAAAUCUAAAGUACGUUCUUUUAAUCUGUUUGAUGCAAGAUUUGAAGUGGGUAUUUGAAGAAACCGCCAUUGGUGCUCAAAUGAAGCUUCUUUGACAGUAGCUUGAGGUGAUCCGGUGCAAUGCAGCUUUAUAAAUCUGCAAUGGGAAAGAAGUUUGCUUCAGUGCUUCUUUUCUCUCUUGUUACAGUGAUUUUCUGUACCACUGACCCGGGUGACCUUUAUGUUCUAAUGCAAUUCAGAGAUGGACUUGAGAAUCCUGACCUCUUGGAGUGGCCUGAAAAUGGCGGUGACCCUUGUGGUCCUCCGAGCUGGAGCCAUGUAUUCUGUGAUGAAGAGUCCCGGGUCACUCAGAAUGAAGCUCAAGGUGUGGGCUUGAAGGGUACUUUGCCCCAAAACUUGAACAAGCUCUCCAUGCUCAAGAACAUAGGUCUCCAAAGAAACCAAUGAUUUGCAAGUGUUGGCAUUGGAUCACAACAAUUUUAAUGCCACAAGUGGCUGGUCAUUCCCCAAGGCUUUACAAAACUCGGCUCAAUUGACUAACCUUUCUUGUAUGAACUGUAAUUUGAUUGGUUCAUUGCCAGAUUUUCUUGGUUCCAUGCCUUCCUUGACAAACUUGAAGCUUUCUGGUAAUAGUUUGUCUGGUGAAAUCCCGAGGACCUUCAAUGGCAGUGCUGUGCAGAUGCUUUGGUUGAAUGGGAAUCA